CUUGCCGAAAAGCGGUCUUUAGAGUGCAUUCGAAAUGUUGUGCAAAAUAUUAGCCUUUAUUUUACUGCAAUUUUCCUUGGUGCAUUGUUCAACAGACAUUUUUGUUUCAAGAACAUGUGAACGUAUUACCAUCGAGCAAUGCAGAAAUAUUGGAUACAAUGUCACCGGAAUGCCCAACUUUCUCGGCCACGAUAGGCAGAUGGAUGUUGAAUUAAUAAUAGAGAGUUUCGUACCAUUAAUUCAGUAUGGCUGUUCAUCUCGCCUGCGUUUUUUCCUUUGUUCCGCCUACGUUCCAAUGUGUUCCGAGAAAGUCCCUCAGCUUAUAGGACCUUGUAGACCGCUUUGCGAAUCUGUCCAAGAACUAUGCGAGCCAGUGCUAAAAGAGUUUGGGUUCCCAUGGCCACCGUCAUUGAAUUGCAGCCAAUUUCCGCCAGAGAAUAAUCUGAAAGAUAUGUGUAUGGACGGCCCCGAGUAUGAAGAGAAGAAAACUAAUCCAUUCCGUGAAAGAAAUAACCCACACUCGGGCAUCCAAAGAGGUUCAGGUGGAUACGUUUCACAUUCGGAAUCCCACUUCAGAGUUCCAUCCGUUCAAGCGAUUCUACGAUGCAAGCAUCUGCAUUCCGCCGAUCUCUAUUAUUACCUAAACCACACAGGACGAUGCGUUCCCACCUGCUAUGCUGAUAUUUUAUAUUCGAAAGAUAACAAGGACUUCGCGCAAGUCUGGAUUGCCACUUGGUCCUCUUUUUGCUUUUUGUCUUGCCUGUUCACGAUUACAUUCUUCUUCACAAACAGUGCCUAUUUCAAGUAUCCAGAUCGGAUCGUCGUCGUCUUGAGUUUGUGCUAUUUAUUAUAUAGCUUUGGCUUUUUCAUACGACUAAUGGGAGGACGAAAUAAUACCUCGUGUUAUUCGGAUAUUCACUACAAAGAACCUCUUCUCGUUCAACACGGACUCGAUAACAUCAACUGUAAUACGGUCUUCACUCUUCUCUACUUCUUCCACAUGGCGAGCAACGUAUGGUGGGUCAUCCUGUCCAUUAGUUGGUUUCUGACAGCUGGAUUGAAAUGGACCGUCGAGACCGUGGGGAGUUACGGAACAUAUUUUCAUCUCAUCGCUUGGAGUGUGCCGGCACUCAAAACCAUCGCAAUUUUAGUGUUACGUGCUGUCGAUGCCGACGAACUCAGUGGAACGUGCUAUGUGGGCAACCAUGAUCCUGACUUCCUGCUGAGGUUUGUGCUCAUUCCCUCUUUCACGUAUUUGAUCCUGAGUGUCACUUUUCUCUUGGCUGGCAUGAUAACUGCAUUCAGGAACCACAAGUUGAAAUCAAGGAAUACUUCGUCCGAGGAGAAAAGGGAACUACUCAAGUUGCGUACCGGAGUCUUUGCCAUUCUGUACACAGUGCCCGCAACGUGUAUACUAGUUGCGAAUUGUUAUGAAUACAGUUAUAAAGAUCAGUGGCUAGCUAUUCAUUCUGAAGUGCGACCGAAUGUUGAAAUCUUCACACUCAAAAUAUUCAUGUCUCUUGUAGUUGGCUUCGCUAUCGGUGUGUGGUUGUGGAUUUCUCAAACGCACUUUUUCAGACGAAGAAAUUGCGGCUCUACAUUUUGUGCGCGAAGCAAAGAUUUGACAACAGGUGUCAGCGAAAAUCGCGCUAUGCUUCUCGGAGAGCGUAAAAGCCAUAAAAUGACAGUUGUGUAA